AACCUACUGCUUCUCCUGUAGCUUCCAGUGAGGAAACUUUCUUGGAACCACGCCCGAAUGUGCCAAUUUCAAGCAAGGGGACAACAUCAAAACUCAGGGCGAAGAUUUUUUCGUCAGGUUCGCCAAGCCAAUGGCAAACUCCAUGCUAUCUUAAUCGGGCACUCCUCGAGAUAAAAAAGCCGGAAUUGGUGGAAUUGAUCCACU